UCUUCGACUACUGUCGAGUCGAGUCGCGAGCCAUACAAAAUAUUUCUACAUUGUUUUUUCAUCAUUAAACUUCAUAAUUUGUAUGAUAAAAAUUUUUUUUUACUAUCAAAAAUUUUAAUAAAACUUGUAAUAAAAUUUAAUAAUUUUUUUCUAUUUCUAAAUUUUUUUAUAUUCUAAUCUAAAUUCGUACAGUGUAUAUGAAAAAUGCAAUUGGAUUUUUGUUUUUUCUUAACAAUAUAGAAUAAAAAAAGAAAAAAAAAAAAAGUAAAGAGUACCGAUAGUGGGCAUGCAACUGGAUAACCUGAAAAGGGUGUGCCUCUUGCUGACAGCAAUCAAUGGACUGGUCAACGAUAUUGUCAACGGCGAAACCUUCACCAUUGGCUAUAUUACUGGGUCCAAACGACGUCCUGGUAAUUUCGAAUAUCAACGACCCGGUUUUCGAAUAUCAGGUGCUAUCAAUCUUGCUGUACAUGAGGUAAAUACCGGAGAACUUGGAAAACGUGGUCAUAAACUUGAAUUCAUUAUUGGUGAAACUUAUGGUGAAGAAGAAACAAGUAUUCGUGUUACUGCUGAUUUUUGGACUAAAAAUGUAAGUGCUUAUAUUGGACCACAAGAAACUUGUGUUCAUGAAGGAAGGAUGGCUGCUGCAUUUAAUCUUCCGAUGAUAUCCUACUUUUGUAUGCAUCGUGAAACUUCUAAUAAAGCUGAGUUUCCAACAUUUGCCAGAACAAAACCUUCUGAUACACAAAUAUCAAAAUCUGUAGCAUCUGUGUUAUUGGCAUUCAAUUGGACAAAAAUAACAUUUGUACACAUAAACAACAGUGAUACAGAAUUUAACAACAAAAUGUUGACAGUAUCAACAGCAAUACUUGAAACAUGUGAAACAUUUGGUAUAAUUGUUAAUCAUCAUAAACGAUGGAGUGAAUCAUAUCACACUGAGAGAAUGAUCAAUCCAUUUCAUGACAUCGUUGAGUCAACAUAUAUUGAAACACGAAUAUAUGUUAUACUUGGAAAUUAUGAUGAGCAUAUGGGUCUGUUGAUGGCACUGGAUCAAAAGAAACUUCUUGAUAACGGUGAAUAUUGGGUGGUGGGAGUUGAUAUUGAACAGUAUGAUAAAAACCGACCAGACAAAUAUCUUCAUGGAUUACUGGAAGAAAAUACAAAUCCAUCAUUACUUCGUGCUUAUGAAAGUUAUUUUAGUAUUGUUGGAUCAGCAACAGAUUAUUCGGAUAAUUUUACAAAUAUCAUAAAUGAAUAUAGAAAGAAACCACCAUUUAAUUUUAUAAAUCCAAUUGAAAAUUAUGGUGGUGUUGUUCAGAUCGUACCAGAGACAAUUUAUCUUUACGAUGCGGUUCACCUUUAUGCCAAGUCGUUACUGAGUGCACUCAGUGAGGGAAGAGACCCAAGGGAUGGUAGAAAAAUGCUUGCUGGACUUUAUGGAACUCACUAUCGUAGCGCCAUGGGGUACUUGGUUUACAUGGAUAAAAACGGUGAUGCUGAGGCUAACUACACUUUAAUAGCCCUAGAAAAUAAUCCAGAUAAGGGUCAUGGUCUCUAUCCAAUUGGUCAUUUCGUUGGUAAAGAGGAAAUUACAAACUUGCCAAAAUUACGACUUGUUAAAAAAAUUUCUUGGCCUGAUGGUGCUCCACCCAUUGCUGAACCAUUUUGUGGCUAUCAUGGUGAAAAAUGCAAUUGUGAAAUUAUUGGCGGAAUCGCCGGAGGAUUUUUGUUAAUUUUGAUGGCAAUUGUUUUGGUACUCUAUAGAAAUUGGAGAUAUGAACAAGAAUUAGAUUCAUUACUGUGGAAAGUUAAUUACAAAGAUAUACAAAUUAAAGAAGAAAAAGAAGAGACAGUACAAAAUGAUGCUAUUCAAAAAUCUAACAUAAAACCAGUUGUAAGGACAAGUCAAGUAUCACUUAGUUCAAAUCCAGAUGCUGAUUUUCGUUAUUCAAUGAUUUAUACGCAAAUUGGAUUUUACAGAGGUCGAAUGUUUGCCAUUAAAAAUGUCAGAAAAAAAUCAAUUGAAAUAACAAGAGAAAUGAAAAAAGAACUUAAAGUGAUGCGAGAUUUGAGACAUGAUAAUUUGAAUGCAUUUGUUGGAGCUUGUACAGAUCCACCAAAUAUUUGUAUUGUUGUUGAAUACUGUUCACGAGGAAGUUUGAAAGACAUUAUUGAAAAUGAAGAUAUGAAAUUGGACAAUAUGUUUAUGGCAUCACUUGUUGGAGAUGUUAUCAGGGGAAUGAUGUUUCUUCAUGAGUCAGUUAUAAAAUACCAUGGUAAUUUAACAAGUUCAAAUUGUCUUGUUGACUCACGUUGGGUUGUUAAAAUAGCUGACUUUGGUUUACGUGAAUUUAAAAGAGACGCUGAAUGUAAAUCUGAGGAUAUAUUAAAAAAAUAUCAAUGUUUAUUAUACAGAGCACCAGAAUUAUUACGAACGCGAAUGGAUGAACCAAAUACAAGAGAAUAUCAAAAAAGUGAUGUUUAUUCAUUUUCACUAGUAUUAUAUGAACUUCAUGGUCGUCAUGGACCAUUUGGUGUAACACAAUUAACAUCAUCAGAAAUAUUAAAACGAAUAAUUGAUUCUGGACCAGAUAUUGAUUUAUUUAGACCACCAUUAGAUCAAUUAGAAAAUUGUUUUGAUUUUGUUAGAGAUUGUCUUGUUGAAUGUUGGUCAGAGGAUCCAGAAAAUCGUCCGGAUUUUAAAAUAAUUAGAAACAAAUUGAGACCACUAAGGAAAGGAAUGAAACCAAAUAUAUUUGAUAAUAUGAUGGCGAUGAUGGAAAAAUAUGCAAAUAAUUUAGAGGCACUUGUUGAUGAACGAACAGAUCAAUUAAAUGAAGAAAAAAAAAAAACUGAUGCAUUGUUGUAUGAAAUGUUACCACGUUUUGUUGCUGAACAACUUAAACGUGGACAUAAAGUUGAAGCUGAAUGUUUUGAUUGUGUUACAAUUUAUUUUAGUGAUAUUGUUGGUUUUACAUCAAUGUCAGCUGAAAGUACACCACUACAAGUUGUUGAUUUUUUAAAUGAUUUAUAUACAUGUUUUGAUUCGACAAUUGAAAAUUAUGAUGUUUAUAAAAUUGAAACAAUUGGUGAUGCUUAUAUGGUUGUUAGUGGUUUACCAAUUAGAAAUGAUGUACAACAUGCUGGUGAAAUUGCAAGUAUGUCAUUGUGUCUUUUGGAAGCAAUUAAACAAUUCACAAUACGUCACAGACCAAUGGAUAAAUUACAGUUGAGAAUUGGAAUACAUUCUGGACCAGUUUGUGCUGGUGUGGUUGGUCUAAAAAUGCCAAGAUAUUGUCUUUUUGGUGACACUGUAAACACAGCAAGUCGUAUGGAAUCAUCAGGAAGCCCAUUGAAAAUUCAUUGUAGUCAAGAGACAAAAUUUUUAUUGGAUAGACUCGGUGGUUUUCAUCUUGUUGAACGUGGUAUAGUAUCAAUGAAAGGAAAAGGUGAUCGUUUAACAUACUGGUUAGUUGGUGAAGAAUUGUUAAUGCGUGAAAAACGUAAACAUGAUAGAAUUGAACGUAAAAAUGGUAAAAUGCCAGAUUUAUUAGUACCAAAAAGUUCAAUGAAAAAUAAAAAAUUAAAUAGACAUUUUUUAAGAUGUUCAAAUAAUUCACAAAAACGUUUGAGAUUUGCAAGUUCUGAUCAUAUUGAUAAAAAAAUAAUAAUUAAUAAUAAACUUGAUUCAAUUAUUGAUAAUAGUCCAUGUAAAGCUAUAUCUUCAAUUUGUAAUUUAAAAAAUUUUAUGGAUCAUUCAAGAUCAUCAAGUAAUUCUUGUCCAUGUGUUGAACAAUUAGAUUAUUCAGAUGAACCAAUUGAUUGUCAACAAUUUGUUCAAAAAAAUGAUUGUUUUUUUCCACCAUUAUUAUAUGAUAAUUAUUGUAAAUCUGAACCAAGUAGUCCCAGACACAGUGCGAAUAUAUUAAAUUGUCAAAAAAAUGUACAAUCAAUUGAUGAAGUUGAUGGUUGGGAUGCAACACCACUCAUCAGAUCCAACACCUGUACUAACUAAAUAUUUUUAAUUGAAUUUUUUUCCAUUAUUAUCUUAUUAUCAUUAUAAUAUUUAUUUUUUUUCUAAUAAUAUUUUCUUGAUAAAUUACAAAUUUUCAUGACAUUAAAUUAAAUUAAUAUUUUUUUUUUUUGUAUAUGUUAUACACUUGCAGACAAUCAAGAAGGCUCGUGGUUUUGUCUUUUUUAAUAUUUUGUUUUUU